AUGGAUAAGACCUUCAUCGAGGACUGUGUGCGCGUCCACAACGAGCUCCGCACCACAGUCCGGCCAGCUGCCAGCAACAUGCGGUACAUGACCUGGGAUUCAGCUUUGGCAAGGACUGCAAGGGCAUGGGCAAAUAAAUGCAUUUUUAAACAUAAUGUACACUUAAGUAAGAAACAUCAGUGCCAUCCUAAUUUCACAUCUAUUGGAGAGAAUAUUUGGGCUGGAAGUCAUCAAGCAUUCUCUGUUGCUGAUGCCAUUAAAUCAUGGUACAAUGAGGUCAGAUUCUAUACUAUCGCAACGCAGAAAUGUACUAAGGUUUGCAGUCAUUACAUUCAGGUUGUUUGGGACUAUUCAUAUAAAAUAGGCUGUGCUGUUACUCUAUGUAAGGAAAUUGCAGGAAUACGAAAUGCAGCAAAUUUUAUUUGCAACUAUUCACCAAGGUUUGGACCCUUAGAUGUCAGAAAACUGCUGUCAUCUGACAGUUUCUGGAGUCUUCACUGCUGGGUGAAGGCAAGCUAUCAGUCUGAACUGGAUCAGUGGAUCCAGUGA